UUUAAAUUACCAUAACAUACAAAAGCGCACAGCGAGGUACAUGUACAAGGGGUGUGGUAAUAGCUCAUCAAAGAUGGCGCUAGUUAUUCACGACACGAUUUCACUGACAACUUCUAGUGGAGUGAGCAGCAUUCAGUUGUGUAUCGGAGAUAUUACCAAGCUGUCGAAGGAAGAACAGGUUGAUGUUUUGGUUGUUUCCGCGUUCCCAGGUGACUACUCACCCACACCUAGUUCCCUAAUAGGAGCUCUUUCCAGUAAUCUUGGCAUCAGUGUGCAUAACCUUUCCAAAGACAAAGAAGAAGACCUUCGUAAACAAUAUUUCUGUUGGUGGUCCAAACCACUUCAAGAGCAGUAUAGUUUCAGGAGGAUCCUUUGUUUUGAGGGAGGAUUUGGUAGCCGUGGAAGCUCACCACCGAAAGUAGUUGGGGCUGUGUUUAGAUGUCUUAUACCAAUUCUUAGUGGGAAGGACUCCAAGGGUGGGUCAGUGAUGAUGCCUCUCAUUGCAUCUGGGGAUCAGGGCUACUCUAAAGCACUGAUGUCAAGACUCAUAAUAAACUCUGCAAUUCAGUGGAUCAAGACUGGCCUAGAAUUGAAGACGCUGAAAAUAGUUUUAUUUUCAAGAAAUCCUACAGAGCCUGACAAGUCAAAUGAGCCACUCUUUGAAAGCUUUCAAAAGUUGAAGGACACAUAUGGAGACAAAGAAUUAACAUCUGAACAGGAGAUCAUCUACGAUGUUUAUAUGUCCCAUAGUCCAAAGGACCAUGAAACUGCCGUGAACAUUGCAAAUUUUUUACGAACUGAGCGGAAAAUCAAAGUGUUUCAUGAUUUCCAAGAGUUAAAUGAUGAUGAUUCUUGGCAAAAGGAGAUAUUUGACAUCAUGAGCAAGUGUGCUCGUGUCAUUGCCUUGUUGAGCCCAAGUUACCUCGAGACAGAGAGCUGUAUAGAGCAAUAUAACAUGGCCCUGUGCAUAAACAGAAGAUCGCGUGGAACAGUUCUGGCUCCAUUUUACAUCACAUCAAUGGUCUAUAUGCCAACAUAUAUGAGUCUUAUUCAAUAUGAAGACUGUAGGCCAAAAGACACAGAAAAGAUCAAGGAAGCCAGUCAUCAUGUGGCGAAUUCGUUGGAGAUGCCGCAGGAAGAUGCUCUAUCUGGAGUGACGGAGACAAAGACCAUUGAAACCUUGAGUUAUGAUGUGUUCAUUUCAUACUCACAUCAGAACAAAGAACACGCUGACAAGGUGCUGCAAACCCUGAGGUCUCUUGAUCUAGAAUUAAAGAUCUUUAUUGAUACAUCUGGUCUGAAUACCGGAACAUCUUGGCAGCAAAAGCUGUACAAUUCACUGGAUGCGUCCAAAAGUACCAUCGCUCUUUUAUCGCCUGACUACAUCAAAUCUAGAGUCUGUUAUGAGGAAUUCUGCCUUUCGCACGCCCUGUUUGUGGAUAAAGACAGUAUUAUGAAUUUGGUGAGUUUGUUGGUGGAACCUGUAGAGAAACUACCUUUAUGGUGUGAACAGCCCCUUCCAGUAGACUGUACCUCUCCGGAAGUGGAUGCGGACCAAGUUCUCUCCUCGUUGUGUACUGACUUGGUCAAGAGACUGAAAGGAAGCAAUAACACGGCACAUGACAUCCUCACCCAACGGGUGCAAGACCUGAAGAAAGGAAGUCUCACGCUGGAAUCAUCCAUGGAGCACCACAGGAAAUCAGUGUUUUUGCUUCGUGUGGGUGUUCUUAGUAACCCUGUACACCUCACAGGCUUCAACGAUAACGAUUCCUUCAAGGUGAGUCAUGCCAGUGAUGUAGCCACGUCUGUCGAUGAGCAGCAACUUGGUGUAGAUGCGUCAACGCAGAACACGUCAUCAGAAGUGACGUCAUCAAUUUCUACCUCAUCACAGGUGGCGUCUUCGACCUCAGCUACUUGCGAUGUGGCGCUGAGUUACGCUUCAGGCGACACAAAAUCAGCGAUGGUAUUGAAGCAGUUACUUCUCGAAAAAAUUCCCUCGUUAAAAAUCAGCGAACCUUUAGCAGGAGACUUCUCAAGAGUGCAGUCUUUGGACGUGGCCCGAGUAAUUGUUCCGCUCUUGUCGCCGGCCUUCCUGACAUCUAGUGAACUUGUUGAAGAACUCAACAUUGCCAUUUGUCGAAACCGUAGUUCCUCGCGACGAGUGCUGUUCCCCGUUCAGGUAGCAGUGGUUCCUCCGAAGCCCUCUUACGUCCAUCUGAUUCCAAGUGAGUUUUCCUGCAACGAUUUCAAAUGGGCGUGCAAAGUUGUUGAUCAGGCCUUGCAAAAUGAGGUCCAUAGUCUGGCACACAGAAAUGACAUAGAUGUGGAUCUCGCGUUUUGUCUGAGGUGUGCCGCCUUUUCAAUUAUUGAGAGGCUCUUAGGAGAAGAGAGCACGGAUUUGGAUCUUGAUAAUCGAGUUUUACUGAAUAUUCACGAGGUGGAAGAAAAAUGGAGGUGGCUACAAGUGGCACUACAAAAACAGGACGAUUUUGCGGUGUCAUGGAAAGCAGCUUUUGGAAUUAAAAUAUAGACCAACGCGGAUGAUUUAAAACCAGCCAGAAAUACUGAAGAGCUUGAAGUAAAGCAAGAACUUGACACUAAAGAUACCAUGGCUGAAGAAAUUGAAUCGAAUGGAGUAGAACCUCAUCCACAGGACACCAGGAACGAAAAUGAGAAGACCGAUGAUCAGCCUGGCUCUAGUGAACACGGGGUUGAUGUUGGAAGCAAUGAGCCAGUUUCUCCCAAAGAGCGCAAGACUGUUCAUCUUAGUGUGGAAGGAGGUGAAGUGGGUAGUUCAAGUAGCUCUGUACAGACAGAAUCCAAAUCUUGUUCAAUUAUCUAAACAGGCUGUCGUAGUAUUCCUGCUAGGAAGCACUUAUAGUGCUCGAACUAUUGUGCCAGCAUACUUAAUAUUUGACACUAUAUUUCUACGAUUAAAGUGCCUGGUGCGUUAAUUUAAUUUUUAUGGCUACUGGCGAAGCGAUAAUGUUGUCCUGUUGAGUGAGUGAGUGAGUGUAACAAUAGAAUACGAACGACCUCUUACAAUGUUCCUCAGAAUUAGCAUGUGAUCACACUGUUUUUACUGUUUCCAUUUCCGUGUUGAUGCAGAGGGAUGACAGGUGUCAGUCAAAAAGCGUUUCGAGGCUUCUGAGAAGCGCAGAGAGAAGUGCAAGCUACUGCCAGGAGUUGCAAAUACUUUCAUCAAAUGGCGCCAACAGACAUCAGAAGGGUUCAGUUUAAAUGGCUUGUCUAUUCCAAUAAAGUGAAAAACGCUA